GUGGAUAGCGAGAUGGAUGAGCCCGCUGUGACGGCGCAUAAGGGGGAAUUGACUAUAGAGUUGAAGGCGUUGGGUAUCAAUCCGAUGCAGAAACCAGAUUACACCAAGCCCCUCAAUGAGCCAAGCUGGGGCGACUCAGAUGAGGAAGAAGACUCGGACGUGGAUAUGGAUGCUGAAGGGGUCCUCGAUGGUGGAGAUGAGUCAGAUGAGUAUGAAGAUGACAUGGAAGAAGAUGAGAUGGUCGAGCGGAUCAGGGCUGGGAAGAAGGGGAUCAUGGCCUAAGCGCUCUUUGCUCCCGGUAUUUCAUGAUUUAUUGGUAGAUUGCACUUCUUGUUUCAAAGUUCUGAGGAUUGAUGAUUGCAUUCUUACAUCAUCAUGUGUCCCUUUCUACUCGUACCUCGUAAUAUCUCAUGAGCCGCACGCCAACAUAUCUCAAUCUCUUCCAAAACAUUCAUCCCAGAGAGGAAGGAUUGUCUUUUCUGUUUUCGUUUUGAUUGUUCUAUGUUAAUGAAUCAACAUGUACUGACCGGGCUUUCCUCGACGUCAUGCGGAAGAUGAAUAACGUGAACCCGACUCCGAGGAAAAGAAUAAGCGAUGUUGACAGGGAGGGGUUGUUCCGGAAAUGAACACGGUGAGACGCUUUAGAUGUACAUAGAUUAGACCAAAAACACCGGACACGCAUGAGGAGCCGAAAGUUGUACCCACG